CCGCCUCUCCCCUCAGGCCUCGUCCGGAUGCCCUGCCCUCGGCCACCCUGGCUCCGCCGCCCCCGGGCCGCUCAAGGCUCAGGCCCCUGCUCCCCGGGCUCACUCUCUGUGCCACGCUCCCCGGGCAGGGGGGAGGGUGAAGACGACGACGGCGAGGAGGAGGAGGAGGAAGGGGACGGCAGCCCGGGCUCGGGCCCCAUCCUGUCCCCCGCGUCUCCCGUGGAGUGCCUCAUUUGCGUGUCCCCCUUCAACGGCGAGUUCAAGCUGCCCAAGCGCCUGGACUGUGGCCACGUCUUCUGCCUCGAGUGCCUGGCCCGCUUGUCCCUGGCCACGGCGGGCGGCGGGGACGCGGUGGCGUGCCCCGUGUGCCGAGCGCCCACGCGCCUGGCCCCGCGCCGCGGGCUGCCCGCUCUGCCCACGCAGCCUGGCCUGCUGCCCCGCGAGGCGCGCGCGCCGACCCCGCGCCGGGGCUCCGUGCGCUUCGACCGCCGCCGCGGCCUGCUCUACCUGCGGCCGCCGCCGCCCCCGCCCGGACCGCGCAAGUCCCGCGCCGCCCGCCCGCCGCCGCUGCCGCCGCCGCUGCGCCUCGGCCGCCCGCUGUCCCGCCGCCUCUCUCUGAGCAGCCCGGCCUGGGCCUUCAACGCGGCCGUGGCGCUGGCCGUGCUGGUGGCCGCGGGCCUGGUGGUGUCGGGCGUCUACAUCUUCUUCCUCAUCCCGCACGCCGCCUCCUCCGGCCCCGCGCGGCCCCAGCUGGUGGCGCUCGCCCCCGCGCCUGGCUUCUCUUGGUUCCCGCCGCGGCCCGCGCCCGGGGCGCCCUGGACCCCCGCCUGGACGCCGCACCCCACGGGCCGUGACCUGGACACCGCCCUGCCGGGGGCUGCGGAGUAUGCGCCGCAGCCCGAAGGGGGCUCCGAGGACACGGCGGAGGGCGAGGGGUCGCCGGCCAGGGCCCCGAGCCGCACGUGGAGGGCAGGGGCUGGGCCCGGCUGGGCCCCGCGGGGACGGGGCGCGAGGAGGGUGUGGGGGCCGCAGUAA